AUGGCUACCGACGAACUCGAGAACCGCGAAAAGUACUCGCAGAAGUUGGUUAACGAGGCCUACGCCAAAAUCGAGGCACUCGAGGGCGCCAAAGUGAAGCGCAUCAAGAUCGAACCACCUAGCAAAUACGGAGGAACCAAGGAGGAUCUCGCAGGAUUCCUAACAAACCUCCGAUCCUACUUCCGGCUUAAUGACGACAAGUUUCCGGAUGACAAAGCCAAAGUCCUCUACGUAGCCACGAGACUAGAGGGCAAGGCACUUAGAUGGUUCGAGCCUACGUGGAACGACUAUCUCACCGAGGAAGAUAAAGACGACCGAGACGCGUUCACGCAGGCAGUCUUUCGGUCCUACGACCGUUUCGAAGAAGAGCUUCGGAAGGUUUUUGGUGACAAAGACGAGAAGAUUCAUGCGUAA